GGAUAAACAGUACUGUCAACUUUUGGAGGUAAAGUCUCACUGUUCACUACCAUGAAAAACCUUUGUAACAGCAAACCUAAUCAAACACUUAAAUCACCACCAUGAACAUUUAUAAGAAAGUAACCAAGGCAAAGGGACUAAAGCUAAAGCCGUCCAGAGCUCAGAGCCAAUCCAAGCCAGCAGCCUCGGUAUGAGCAAAGGAUCGAAGGAGUUAUGUAGACAAUUAUAGAGAUGAGUAAAAAUGAAGGAAGUGCUGAAAGCCUGUUAUAAACAUGCUGAAAAAAGAUGAAAGUGUUUUUGUUGUCGUUGUUAUAUAUAUCUGUUGCUUUUGUUUGGUAAGGAAAAAUAUAUCAGACAUUUCAGUUAACUGUUUAUGCUUCAGCUAAUUUUGCUUUGAAGAGCAGUUAUAGUUCUUAGAAAGAAGAGAAUCAGAAUCAUCAAAAAUCUGUAUUACCAUGUCAGACUUGCAAAAAAACAUGGAAUUGGCCAAAGAAAUCUCAAUUAGUGCAUUUCUUAUUUAAAUCUUUUUAUUGCUGUGUUCAUUUUUAAAUUUUGUCUCAGAAUCCUGACCCUUGGUGUUCCUGAAAGCACCGUAGGCCAUGUGGUCUACAUUCUGAGUGAAACUCAGCUGUUAUGCACCCUACCAUGAACACACACACACCCAUCAGUGGGUUGUGUCUGUGGAACUGAAGGUCUAGAAUGGUAAAAAUAGCUAAGACAGGAGAAACAGUAAGGGUUAAAUGUUUAUGGCUGCAGUUGUUAUCUUACUGCGAGAGAGGAGAGGCAGCGGAAGAGUAGGCAGGACUGGGCCUUGACCACAGUACAUCGUACAUUAAGUCAGAGCUAGAGGCUGAUCCUCAGUAGCUUGCACUGUGAUAAAAGGAAACAACAAGGAAAUGUAGUAGAAUUAAUUAGAAAAGGAAGCAAGAUUUGGUAAUUUAUUAAAUAUGUUUGAACCGAAGAUAUGUACAAAUUUAUUGGACUGUAGGAUUAAAGGAUGCCAGUAAUCAGGAGUGUACUGAGAGAUGCAAAGUGAGAAACUGCAAGAAUUUGACAAAGUGGCCAAAGAGAGUAAAGAAAGGCGACAAUAUUCAGGUAAAGCUGGGAAUUCUUUUCCUGUCUGAAUGGUAACCAUGGGAAAUGCAGCAACAUGUAAGAUAUGUGGAUCAGAUAAAGCUUCAAAGACCGUUGGGAUUGACUAUGCCUCAAAUCAACAUACUGAUUACUACAAGGCUGCUGACACUGGAUCUAACGUUGAUGAUUUACUGUCGGACAGUAACACCAGUUUCCUCCGGGCUGCCAGAGCUGGAAACAUUGACAAAGUCCUUGAAUUCCUGAAGAACGGGGUUGACAUCAGCACAUGUAACCAGAAUGGUCUCAAUGCGUUACACCUGGCGGCUAAGGAGGGGCACAAGGAAUUGGUGGAGGAACUGCUACAGAGAGGAGCAUCUGUUGACUCUUCCACCAAGAAAGGAAACACUGCCCUCCAUAUUGCCUCUUUGGCUGGACAAAAAGAAGUAGUCAAAUUGUUGGUGUCAAGAGGAGCAGAUGUCAAUUCUCAGUCACAGAAUGGCUUCACGCCACUCUACAUGGCGGCUCAGGAGAAUCACUUGGAGGUCGUGCGAUACCUCUUGGAAAAUGAAGGAAAUCAAAGCAUUGCAACAGAGGAUGGCUUUACUCCACUUGCUAUUGCUCUUCAGCAGGGGCACAACUCAGUUGUCUCCUUGUUGUUGGAGCAUGACACUAAGGGUAAGGUACGCCUUCCAGCCCUGCACAUUGCUGCCCGCAAAGACGACACAAAGUCUGCUGCACUGCUGCUUCAGAAUGACCACAACGCUGAUGUCCAGUCUAAGAUGAUGGUCAAUAGAACCACAGAGAAUGGGAAGAGUGGUUUCACCCCUCUGCACAUUGCGGCUCACUAUGGUAACGUGAAUGUCUCCACCCUGUUGCUGAACAGAGGAGCUGCUGUUGACUUCACAGCCAGGAAUGGAAUAACACCUCUACAUGUUGCCUCUAAGAGGGGCAACACCAACAUGGUGGCCCUGUUAUUGGACCGAGGUUCUCAGAUAGAUGCUAAAACAAGAGAUGGCUUGACGCCCCUGCACUGUGCAGCCAGGAGUGGACAUGAUCCUGCAGUUGAGCUUUUGCUGGAAAGAGGAGCCCCCAUCCUAGCUAGAACCAAGAAUGGACUGUCUCCACUGCACAUGUCAGCCCAGGGAGACCACAUAGAGUGUGUAAAACUACUGCUGCAACACAAGGCGCCUGUUGAUGAUGUCACACUCGACUACCUUACCGCGCUGCACGUCGCAGCUCACUGUGGCCACUACAGAGUAACUAAGCUCCUCCUGGACAAGAAGGCCAAUCCCAAUGCAAGAGCACUGAAUGGUUUUACUCCUCUCCACAUUGCUUGUAAGAAAAACAGAGUGAAGGUGAUGGAGCUGCUGGUCAAAUACGGUGCCUCCAUACAGGCAAUUACUGAGUCUGGUCUGACUCCCAUGCACGUAGCUGCUUUCAUGGGUCACCUCAACAUCGUUUUACUUCUACUGCAGAAUGGAGCUUCUCCUGAUGUUCGUAACAUCCGCGGUGAGACAGCUCUCCAUAUGGCAGCACGAGCAGGACAGAUGGAAGUGGUUCGCUGUUUGCUGAGAAAUGGAGCGUUGGUGGAUGCCAUGGCCAGGGAGGACCAGACUCCCCUGCACAUUGCAUCCCGUCUGGGAAAAACAGACAUUGUCCAGCUACUAUUACAGCACAUGGCCUACCCGGAUGCUGCCACCACAAAUGGCUACACUCCUCUCCACAUUUCAGCCAGAGAGGGGCAGGUGGAGACAGCUGCUGUGCUCCUGGAGGCUGGAGCUUCACACUCAAUGGCCACCAAGAAAGGAUUCACUCCAUUACAUGUAGCAGCAAAAUAUGGAAGCCUCGACGUAGCAAAACUUCUCCUUCAGCGCAGAGCUCUUACUGAUGAUGCUGGCAAGAAUGGCUUAACUCCACUACAUGUGGCAGCUCAUUAUGACAACCAAGAGGUGGCGCUGCUGCUCCUGGAUAAAGGUGCAUCGCCUCAUGCUACUGCAAAGAAUGGCUACACUCCUCUCCACAUUGCAGCCAAAAAGAACCAGACAAACAUUGCUUUAGCGCUACUGCAGUAUGGAGCAGAGACCAAUGCUUUAACGAAACAGGGAGUCAGCCCUCUGCAUCUGGCAGCUCAGGAAGGACAUGCAGAGAUGGCCAGCCUCCUACUGGGAAAAGGAGCCCAUGUGAACACAGCGACAAAGAGUGGACUAACUCCUCUGCAUCUUGCUGCCCAAGAGGACAAAGUCACUGUAACAGAAGUACUAGCCAAACAUGAUGCCAACUUGGACCAGCAAACCAAACUUGGAUAUACCCCUCUGAUUGUCGCCUGUCAUUAUGGAAAUGCCAAGAUGGUUAACUUCCUGUUACAACAAGGAGCCAGCGUCAACUCCAAAACCAAGAAUGGUUACACGCCACUUCAUCAAGCGGCACAACAAGGGAAUACACACAUAAUUAAUGUUUUAUUACAACAUGGGGCCAAGCCCAAUACUACUACAGUGAAUGGAAAUACCGCUCUGUCGAUUGCGAAACGUUUGGGUUACAUUUCUGUGGUAGACACACUGAAAGUCGUCACUGAGGAGGUCAUCACAACCACAACUACGGUUACAGAGAAACACAAACUGAAUGUUCCAGAGACCAUGACUGAGAUUCUCGAUGUGUCUGAUGAAGAGGGCGAGGACACAAUGACAGGUGAUGGGGGAGAGUAUCUAAGAGCAGAGGACCUCCGUGAGCUGGGAGAUGACUCUCUGCCAGGACAUUAUCUAGAUGGCUUCAAUUACAUGAGCCACAACUUGGACAGGCCCCAACACACUCCCAUUCACCAAAGUUUCCAUCAAAGAGAAGUUCUCAUUGAAGAUCUGCUUACAAGUCACCAGGUGUCAACACUGUCUAGAGAGCAUGAAAAGGACUCAUUCCGUCUGAGCUGGGGUGCUGAACAUCUUGAUAAUGUUGUGCUGUCCUCCAGUCUGCUACAUUCUGGCCGUUCCUCACCAUGCCUAGACCAUGACAACAGCAGCUUCCUUGUCAGCUUUAUGGUAGAUGCCAGAGGUGGAGCUAUGCGUGGUUGCCGUCACAAUGGUUUGCGAAUUAUUGUCCCACCAAGAAAGUGCUCUGCCCCGACACGGGUGACUUGCAGGCUGGUGAAGAGGCAUCGUCUGGCCUCUAUGCCACCUAUGGUAGAGGGUGAAGGGCUGGCUGGUCGCAUUAUAGAAGUGGGACCCACUGGAGCCCAGUUCUUGGGUAAGCUCCACCUACCUACAGCUCCACCCCCUCUGAAUGAGGGUGAGAGCUUGGUCAGUCGCAUCCUGCAGCUGGGUCCUCCAGGAACCAAGUUCCUCGGGCCUGUGAUUGUAGAGAUCCCCCAUUUUGCUGCUCUGCGGGGCACAGAGCGGGAGCUAGUGAUCUUAAGGAGUGAAACAGGAGAGAGCUGGAAGGAACACCACUGUGACUUCACUGAAGAGGAACUGAACCAGAUACUUAAUGGCAUGGAUGAAAAACUUGAUUCCCCUGAGGAACUUGAAAAGAAAAGAAUAUGUCGCAUCAUCACCAGAGACUUCCCACAGUAUUUUGCUGUUGUGUCAAGGAUAAAGCAGGACAGUCAUUUGAUUGGUCCAGAGGGCGGGGUCCUCAGUAGUACUCUCGUGCCCCAGGUCCAGGCUGUAUUCCCUGAAGGAGCCCUUACUAAGAAGAUUAGAGUUGGGCUUCAGGCUCAGCCUAUUGAUGUUGACAUGGUGAGAAAGAUUCUUGGUAAUAAAGCAACGUUCAGCCCAAUUGUCACAUUGGAGCCAAGGAGAAGAAAGUUCCACAAACCCAUCACAAUGACAAUCCCAAUUCCCAAGACCUCCAAUAGUGACACCACAUUCAGUGGGGAGACCCCGACUUUACGUUUGCUUUGUAGUAUUACAGGUGGUACCACUCCUGCACAAUGGGAGGACAUCACCGGCUCCACGCCUCUCACUUUUGUUAACCAAUGUGUUUCCUUCACCACGAAUGUGUCAGCAAGAUUCUGGCUGAUAGACUGCAGACAGAUCCAGGAGUCUGUUGGUUUUGGCACUCAGGUCUACAGAGAAAUCAUCUGUGUCCCAUACAUGGCUAAGUUUGUCAUUUUUGCUAAGACACUUGACCCCAUUGAGGCUCGCCUACGGUGUUUUUGCAUGACAGAUGACAAGAUGGACAAAACCUUGGAACAGCAAGAAAACUUCACUGAAGUCGCCCGCAGCCGAGAUGUUGAGGUACUAGAGGGGAAACCUAUAUUUGCUGACUGCUUUGGAAACCUGGUGCCUCUUACCAAGAGUGGGCAGCAUCAUGUGUUCAGUUUCUAUGCCUUCAAAGAGAACAGACUGGCCCUCUUUAUUAAAAUUCGAGACACAGCACAGGAGCCAUGUGGUCGAUUGUCUUUUACCAAGGAACCACGCACGUACCGUAGUCUUAAUCUCAAUGCAAUCUGCAACCUAAACAUCACCCUUCCAUCAUACUCAAAGGAGUCUGAUUCAGACCAAGAUGGAGAUGAUGAGAGUGAGAAGAGUGACAAGAAAUACGAUGAAUCUGAAUCGACGGAGACAUUCUCCUUAAGAACUAAUCAACCUCUUGACCCUGCAACCCUUGCGAGCCCAGAUCUCCUGUCAGACACACAAGAUGUCAGAAUGUCUGCUAUCUUUACUCCAGAUAUCUAUGAAGAAAGAGCUGAAACUAAUAAAUCGGAAGAAAGAGAAUCUGUGGCCACUGUAGAACAGUUCAAAGACAGAGUAGAAAAGGCUGGUGAAAUUAACGAUUGGACGAAUGUUAGUAAACUGAGAGGACAACAAAUUGAUGAUAUCAAAGAUAAAUUUUCAAUCUAUGGGGCCAAUACCUUUGAAGAGCCAGUCAUAAAAAACAUUGAGAAACAAAGUUUAAGUAGAUCUUACACAGAUGUUAGAGACAUCACAUUGUUCUCCCCCCCUACCACACAGACAGAAAAAUGCCUUGGCCAGAAAUCUGCUAGGACAUGUGGUUCUCAAGAAGAUCUUGUCCAAGAUGGAUUUGAACAGGUCAUUGAGAAGCAUGCAAACAAAAAACACCCCCCAGAUAUCAAGAAACCUAUUCGGAAAAAACUUAGAGACAGAUCGCGUUCUGGAUGUAGCAGUUCUGAGGGAGAGUUGGAAAGGAUGAGCUCUGAGGAGUCUUUAGAUGGUGAUACUAUUCUUAAAGAGAGUAGCCUUUUAUCCACCCAAGUUGUCGAGCCACCAGCUUCUCCUUUGGUGGUUGAGACACCUAUAGGAUCAAUAAAGGACAGGGUAAAAGCUUUACAGAACAAAGUUGAAGAGGAAGAAGUGCAAAAAGAUACUAAAGUCUUUACAUACGAUGGAAAAUCUUCUAUUACCACAAAGAAAAUGGAGGAAGCUAUGCCAGAACUUCCCAGAGUUCCUAAGUCACCCAGAUCUCAGACAGAAAGAUUAGAGGAAACUAUGUCAGUGAAGGACCUUAUGAAAGCUUUCCAAACUGGGGAGGACCCGUCAAAGAGUAAAUCUGGGCUUUUUGAACACCAAUCCUUGCAGUCUUCUUGUAUUUCCACAUGGAUUUCUGAAUCGCCAGGUUCGGAAACAGUGCAUGAUAUAGAACAAAGACCUACACAGGAGCCAAAAUCACAAAUCCAAACUCAAUGGCCCACGAUUUUCCAUCAACAGAGUAGUGUCAAGAAAGGUGAUCAAACAGACAUCAAGGAUGAACCAGCAAACCUAAUCAGCUGUAAAGAAUCCCAGUUCACUUCAGACAGUGUUUAUAUUGAAAAGAUGGUUACAUUUAGUGAUACUGUUCAACGAGAUGAUGAAAGUGUUAGCCCAUUGCGAGAAGUAUCAAACUUGUCAGAGAAGGAGGGAAUCUCUGUGAAACAUCUGAUAAAAACAUUCCAGACUGGGCAAGAAGAUCAAAAAAGUAAAGUGGGACCUCAUUCAACACUGAUAUUAGAUUCUAAUGAUUCUGAAGAGAGAGAGACAACUGAACAAAGUCCUACACAGGAGCCAGAAUCACAAAGCCAAUCUCAGAGACCCACGGUUUUCCAUUCAAAGAGUGACGCUGAUGUACACGGCAUCAUAAAGACAGACACAGAUGAUCAAUCACAAAGUUUAAUCAAAAUGGAACCACAGUUAAUUUCAGACAUUUCCCUGUUGAGAAAGACAGUUACGUUUGCUGACACAGUUCAGUAUGAUGCUGUUAGCCCACAGCAAGAUGUGCAAGAGUUUUCAGAAAAGCAAAAUGUGUCUGUUAAGGAGCUGAUGAAAACAUUCCAGUCUGUAAAAGACCCCUCAAAAACUAAAGUGGAACUUUUUGAACACAAACCUGUGGCUUCCUCUAUUUCAACAUUAAUAUUCCAUUCAGGAGAUUCUGCAGAGAUACAGAGUACUGAACAAAGUCCUACAAAACAGAUAAAUACUCAAAUCCAAAGUCAGACCCUCACAAAUGUACAUCAACAGAGUGAUGCCAAGCAAUAUGACCAGGCAGAAUUGGUUGAUCAACCAGUAACCUUAAUCAAAAAGGAAUCACAGAUAAUAUCAGAUAUUCCUUAUGGAAAGUCACUAAUAUUUGUAGAUACACUUCAGGGUGAUCAAUUGUGUCUUAAUAAGGGGCCAAAGAUGUUACAUAAAGAUGCCAUGUCUGUGAAGGAGCUGAGGAAAACAUUUGAGUCUCAGAAAGACCCUUUGAAGAGUAAAGUUGGAGCACUAGAGUCAGAGUCAGGCAUUAAGUGGAGUGAACACAGUCCCAGAAAUGAGCCAAAAUUGCAAACCCAAAUGCAGAAUAUCACAACUUUCCAACCGCAGAGAGAUGUGAAGGAUUUAGAGGCCCAAACUGGCCCUCUACAGAAUCCUGAGAGUUCACAACAAAUGUUAGAUAUUUCUUAUUUUGGAGAAACAGUAAAAAAUCCUUAUGGAAUUCAGUUAGAUGACGGAAGGGUUAGCUCUUGGAGUGAUGAUUCAGAGUUAUCAAGAAGGAUAAUGCAACUCGAAGAACCGGCUAUUAGAAAGAGUAUAUCUGAUGAUUCACAGAUUAGCCCUGAUCGCAGACCUUCUGAGGACUUUAGUGCAGACAUAAAAGCUGAGCUGGAGGAAUGUCCAAAGUACCAGCAGUUCAAGCAAACAGCUUCAGAUGUCAGACAUCAACUUGAGACACCUGAAGAGGAGAGCUUUGCUCAGGAUUCUGAUACUUAUUUUGAGGAAGACAUAAGUCCCAAGUAUCUUGAGAGUCACACACAUAAAGGCAUUGAUAAAUCCUCAGAGACUAGUGUUAUUACAACAUAUCACUCCAGCACUGGUGAGAGAGACAGUUCUGAAGGACUCAUGUCAGGACUGAGCAAUGAAAUCCAUUCGUACUCUACUAAAGAAGAUGGAAUGUACAUUAUACCAUCAGAGGAAGAUCAAAUCCAAGUAGAGAUAAAAACAUCUAGUCAGGCUGAUGUAAUUAGAGAGAAAGAACUCAUGCCAACUUCAGUAACUGAGACUUCACUCGAGGAGGUUUGCAUUGACAAAAAGGUACAUCAGCAAUCAUAUGAGCAAUCUGCAAAACCAAAAGAGAUGGCAGGGAUGCUAUCCCUGCUGAACAGUGACCUGGAUCAGUACCUCAAGGACAAGCCAGUGAAAAGUGAGCAUGCAGAGGAGGUUGUUGUUCAGGAAAACUUUGAACAAGUUAUUCACACCAAAAUACAUCAGUCUUCUAGUGCUGAUAUGAAGGAUGAUAUUAAUGAUGAAGAGACACAGAUUGAUGUGGCUAAAGUAAAAGAACUAACACCAUGUUCUAUAUCAGAGACUCCAUUUCAAGAAACUUGCAUUCAGAGAAACUUAAGCCUACAACAGUCUUCAACGGAAAAGCAAUCUACAUCUGAGAAAAAUAUGUCUGGCAUGUUGUCACUUCUCAAUAAUGACUUAAAUCAACAUCUUCAGGAAAGGCCAAUGGCAGUACAAUCUGAACCAGAAGAAGAUCUAGUCCAUGAAAGUUAUGAAGAAACUGUAUUGUCAAGUAAUGAUUUACAGGACAAACUAGGUGGUGAGGAAAAUGAAGUCCUGCAGACUAAUGUAAUUACAGAGAAAGGACUCACACCAACUCCUGUGAGUGAGACUCCAUUUCAAGAAAAUUGCACUGAGAGAAACUUAAAACAACAAGAAUCUGCAAGUGAAAAGAAUAUGUCAGGCCUGAUAUCACUUCUUAGCAGUGACCUAGUUCAACAUCUCAAAGAAAAGCCAGUGACAAUACAAUCCCAACCACAAGAAGAGCUAGUCCAUGAGAGGUUCCAACAAGUCAUAUUGACACGUGAUGAUUCGGAGGGCAAAAUAAAGGGAGAGCCAAAUGAAGAGCUUCAGACAGAUGUAAUUGGAGACAGAGAAUCAGUGUUGGAAACUCCAUUCCAAGAAGUUUGCAUAGAGACAACGGCACACCACCAGCAAUCUACAUCUGAAAAAAAUAUGUCUGGCAUGUUGUCACUUCUUAGCAGUGACUUAGAUCAACAUCUUGAGGAAAAGUCUGUGGUAGUGCAAUCUGAACCAGAAGAGGAUGUAGUCCAUGAGAGAUGUGAACAAACUACCAUAAAAAGUAAUGAUUUACAGGUCAAAAUAUCAGAAGAAGAAAUCGAAGAGCUGCAGACUGAUGUAAUGGUAGGCAGAGAAAUACUAAGUUCAGUGGUAGAAACUCCAUUCCAAGAAAUUUGCAUAGAGAGAAAGGCGCACCACCAGCCAUCUACAACUGGGAAAAAUAUGUCUGGCAUGCUAUCAGUUCUUAGUCAUGACUUAGAUCAGCAUCUUCAGGAAAAGUCAGCAGUAGUGCAAUCUGAACCAGAAGAGGAACUAGUCCAUGAGAGCUACAAGCAAGUUAUAGCAAUAAAGGAUUUCAAACAAGAAACUCAUGCCUUAUCUCCUGAACAUAAAAUGAUGUCACCAGGAGAUACAAUUUUUGACAGCCUGGAUAUCACUAAAAAACAACCUUUAGAAAGUGGUUGGCACACAUGUUCUAAAGAAGAUGAAGGCCUGAAGAGUUUUUCAUCUGAGGAAAUUAAAACGGAAUGGAUGGUGGAUGCACAUGACUAUAAAAGUGACCAUGAAGAUGUUAGUGUUGCUGUCUCUGAUUCUGUUCUUUUUCAAGUACCAAGUAGUUUUAACACACUACAGCGACCGGCUGAUUUAGAAAAUCUAAACACUGUUGUAUUUGAUGACCCAGCUAAUGAGUCAUGUCAUCGAGAUUCACUAGAAGCUAGCCCUCUUGUGGAGGAUAAAUCAUCACAGAAAUCCCCUGAUUCAAUUGAACCAAGCCCUACCAAAGAAUCUCCUUGUCCAGACUCUCUUGAGGGAAGUCCUACUCAGUCAAACAAUGCAGACGUUAAGAUCCCAGCAAAGACUGCUGUAUAUGAAGAUUAUGCUUCCCAGCUCAGAGCAUGUUUUGCUUAUGAGAAAAAUAUUUACUCAGAUGAAUGUGAGCAUGUUGAGCAUGAUAACAAUCUUGAGACAACUGAAAUACACAGUGAAAAUAAAGAAGACAAAUAUUCUGAAUCCACAAAGAGAGUAGCUCAUGGUGAGAGUCUUCACAUGUUUGUAAGGCAAGGCUGUUUUGACACAGAAGAAAGGGCGGUUGAUGGCACCAAUAAACAGUUAACACCAGAAGAGGAGAUGUUUAAAAUGGCUGCAAAGAUCAAAACAUUUGAGGAGAUGGAACAGGAGUCUAAACUGCGGAUAGAAAAAUCUUUUGAUGCUAUUGUACUAUCAGAAACAAAUGGUCAUGAAAAUGGUGAGGUUGAUCUUAAAUCUGGCCUGGUUUCACAGUCUGUCCCACAAGAUGCAAUAGAGAAAAUAACAGAGAAAUGUGUGACAGAAAGCAUUCACAGACAAAAGGAGGCACUGAAUAUUACUUUUAAUAAGAAGGAAGAAACUCAGUCAGAUCCUAAAAGUACUCACUCAGUUGACAGUUCACUGUGUUUAACUGCAACUCCAGAUGAACCUGAACAAGAAUGUGAGUACUCUGUGCCACACAAAGAUAAAGACACUAUUGGAGGUGCAGUCACUGACAUUCCUUUUUCUGGCUCAGAUGAACAUCAUUUAAAUGAUGACAAAGAAGUUGGAUCACCAUUUACAAUCGGUUCAGCUUCAGUCAGCCAACCUCAGACUACGGUGUGUACUAAAGAAGGAGAAUUUGUUGUAGAGUGUGAGGGUCUUUGCAUUUCAGAGGACAGAAAAACACCAGAUAAAACACCAGGUGAUGAAAAACCCCCUGAUCCAUUUCAGUUUCAAGAGGGAAAGCUAUUUGAAAUGACCAGAGGUGGAGCUAUUGACAUGACAAGAAGCCUCGAUGAAGAAAGGGAAGCAUAUGCAUUUUUUCAUGUUGGGAAACAUCCAGUUGAUGAAAUUGUCCCAGAAGAGACUGAACACUCUCAAUCAAAGUCUUUAACUUUACGGAUGAAUGAUUAUGUCUCAGAUGUAACCCAUCAAGAAACCCCAAAUUCAUAUUUGACUCAGGGUACCAGUGACAAAGCAUCUAGUCCCAAUUCUGAAACUGUCAUCGUAGCUACAAGUGGAAAAUCACAACUUGAGAAGCCACUUACUAAAGUUCAAUGUGCCAGCUCUAGCUCUGCUUUAGACAAUAAAAGCCUUGAAAGUCUCGGUCUAAGCUAUCUAGACUCUACCAUAGCCGAUCUUCAAUCAGACAUAUCCACAGUCGCUCAUUCAUUCUACUCAGACCAGAGCCAUGAUUUCUCAGAUGAUGAUGAUGAUGAUGAUGAUGAUGAUGAUGACGUUGAGGAGGAAGAAGACCAGUGCUCAGUCAUAGAGAUGGCCUUUUCAUCUGGUCAGCCUAGCAUGCCAGCAUAUAAUCAGGACUCACCCACACCUUUGACAAAACCAGCCAUGGCAGUUAAGGGAGAUGGUCAUUAUAAAAAAGCCAAGAAAGACACACAGAUAUCUCAAGUUCAUGGAGAAGAAAAAAGUUCCACCUUGGCCCGUAGGACUAGAUCUGAGGCUAGUGACAUAAAUAAAUCCUCUGUAAAAGACAGCAGGAGUUAUUCUGAUGGUAGUCAGCCCACUAAUGCAACUGACCUUUCCCCUUCCAAACUUACUGUAAUGACACAAGAAAAAGCUUUACCUCAUAUGAUCUCGACAUGCUCUUCUCCAAAGAAAGACAGCCAACUGUCCAUGACUAUAGAAACAUCUGUUAGGCCUUCUUUGGAUACCGAUGAUAUAAGUAGCGCUAGUCACAAGAGCCCAGAUUCUGUUAUCUUCACAUAUGACAUUCCUGCUUCGCAUAGUUCAGGUUCUGAUGGCAGUAGAGUAGAGCCAACAGAGCAUUUGUCUUGUGAGACAGUGGAUGUAUUUGAAUCCAGGCCUGCCUGGAAUGAAACAGUGGAAACUCAGAUGCAGAGAGUCAUCGAUGACCAAACUUCAGAAUGUACGGCAGUCGAUUGGCAGGAAGAUGCUGACAGGAAAGAGGAGACAUUAGCUAUCAUUUCAGAUCUUCUUGGCUUCAGCUGGACUGAACUUGCAAGAGAACUGGAAUUCAGUGAAGAUGAUAUUCAGCUAGUGAGAACAGAGAAUCCUAAUUCCCUGCAAGAGCAGAGCCAUGCUUUACUGCAGCGCUGGGUUGAACGUGAGGGAAAACACGCCACAGAGGACUGUCUGAUUAAGAGGCUGACUAAGAUCAACCGCAUGGACAUUGUUCAUCUUAUUGAAACCCAGAUGAACAAGUCAGUUCAAGAGCAAACAUCUAGAACUUAUGCAGAGAUAGAGAAGACACUGGAUCACAGUGAAGUGUCAGUAGCCUUAUCUUCAGUCCAAGAGGAUGCAGAUAGCCCCAGAGUCGUGAGAAAAGUGGAGUCAGAUCGCAGACCACCCCCAGCUGUUUCAGAAGAGGACCUCUCAGUCGCUUCCCUACUGGAUAUUCCUUCGUGGGCAGAGCCUGUUGGACAGAUCCAUUCGGAGAGCAUGCAUGGUGACCUAUUGGAGGAGCUUGAAAUCCCGCAUGAGUUGAAUCCUAACUUGUGGACCUCUGAGGAUGUAAUUACACGUGAAUCAAGUCAAGACAACUUAGAUGAGCAAGUGUCACCUGCAUCUUCCAAGACAAAUAUUUCACAAGAUUCACAACAAAAAAAUCUUGAUUUAGGACAGAGGCAGGUCUUUCCAGCAGAAUCCCCAUCCUUACCAUGUGAUUCAAAUACAGUUUUCACUAAAAAACUAGAAUUACCAAUUCCAGCUAACUUUGACUUGAGUAAAGCACAAUUUGACACCACAGUGAACAAUCAAAUUAGUGCACCACAGGAAAAAGACAAAAUGUCAUCUCCCACAAGUGAAGAUUAUGGCUUAGUUAAACCAAGCUUCAUGACUCUAGAAUCAGUCUCUCAAACAGCUCAAGAUAGCCCAGAUGCUGCAACUGUCAUGUCCUCAGAAUCCACACCAACACCACCAGGGUCUGGGUCCCCUCAGCUUGACCAGCUUCUGUCAGAUCUGGAGGAGAUGAAACUUAAGUUUAGACCAGAGGCACUUAAACCACAUUCAUCUGAAUCCACCAACGAGAUCCCUGCAGUUGACCAAAUGUAUGAGUUCCAAGAUAUUUUCCUUCAGGAUCACGGCCCUGCAGAAUAUAGUGAUAUGCUAAAAGUCAAUCUAUCAUCUGCUGCACAGCUUGCAGUAGAUAACCCAGAUAUUCCCAUUACAGAGCAUCCACAUUUCCAGACAUCCAUUCAGCUUGAACAUGAAAUGGUCUCAGUCAUUCCCGAUGUAACAAAACUUGUCACAAGCGUACCAUCAAGCUCUGGUCUUCAUAAAGACAGUUCUGAGUCCUCUAAUGAGUCCCUUUCGAGCCCAGAAUCUUCCCAAAGACUUUGUGAAGAAAUGGAACAACCAAGCUUUCAUGUGGAUGCAUUUCAGUUAAGCACACAUGGUCUAAAUAAUACUCAGAAAUUUCCUUCAGUUGCUACAAAGAGCAAGUCUGACAUACCUGAGAAAGAUAUUUGUUGGGAAGAUGCUACAACUGACAUUCUUCAGAGUCAAGAAGCACAUGAAUUAGCUAUGCCAUCUAAUGACUUUAAAGGUGUGACAGAAUCACAGACUAACCCAGAUAGACUUCAGUUAUGGGCAGCAAACUCUGUUGACAGUAUACAUAAUGAAGAUUUGUCUUCACAGUCUCUUUCUGAUUUGACUCCUGAGACAGUGAUAUCUGCAAGAAAUUUCAGUUUUGAAGAACUGGUGCCCAAUUCCUCAUCAAGGAACUUAAAAAUAUCUUCAGAUGAGGACAGGACCAGUGAACACCAUUCAGAAGGAUCUCUGACUUCAGUAGACGAUGAAUGUUUUGACUCUGAGUCUUCUUCAGUCAAACCCAAAACUGAUUCUUCUUCAGCCUCUGAUGAAGAGUACAACUUGCCACCUGGCUAUGCAGAGGCCUCCUCUAUUUCAUCUACCUAUACUCAGAUACCUUCAGGAUACAGUCCUAUAGUGCAUAGUGGUGCAGACAGUCCAACCAAUGAAUAUUCUGACCCAGAGCCUUACUUUGACUGCAAACAGGGUUCAUCCGAUUUCUCAGAGCCUGAUCCCGAUGAAUCUGAGACAAGAGCUAGGUCAAGUGGAGGUCAAGCCCAGGAUCACUCUAGAGUGCAGGAAAAGUUGAAUCAAAAAGUACUGUUGUCUUCUGGAAGUGAAGAUUACGAAGACGCUUCUUUUGUCCAUGAGCCUCUUUAUCGUGUAGAUGUAAAGAGAGAAGAAAUGCAAGAAACAUCAGAUGAAGAAUUCACCUUGUGUGAGACUUCACAACCACCACCUAUCUGUGAAACUGCAGCAUAUCAUGAUACUGAUAAAUCUCUGACAAGGGAGAUCAACGCUGAGCUUGGAUCAAUGUCAGAAAGUUCAGAUGAUGAAUUUUUGACUGCCAGAAUAGUACAAAGAAGAGUUGUCAUUCAGGCUGAUGAAAUGCCAGACCUCCCUGCCCAGUCGGUGUCAGAAGAAAGGUACAAGGAUGAAAAUGGACACAUAGUUGUCAAAAAGGUUACCCGUAAAAUUAUACGUAAGUGUGUUUCCGCGGAUGGUGCGGAGCAUGAAGAGACGACCUUAGAAGGAGCUCCUCAGGGGUUUGUCCCUGCAGCGGAGGGAGAUGGCUACUCUAAGGUUGUGAAGCGGACAGUCGUGAAAAGUGAGGGAGACCACACAGAGGUGACUUUUACCGAACGUGAGCAUUCGUCAUCAUCAAGGCAGGAGACGGCUGAUGGCCGCAAGAUCAGUCACACGGAAAGGACAACCGUGUUGGAGGGUGAAAGGACAGUGACACACCAUGGUGAUCAGUCUUUGACCUCUGAUCUGCCUACAGCCCAGGACGACUUCAAGAAGGCAUUCGGUUAUUUGAGUGGUUUUAGCGGAACAGAGCUCCCUCUGGUGGUAGAAAGAGAGACUAUCAAAGAGGAUGGAACAGUGGUCAGGAGGGCCCAUCUGCGUAAAGGUUGCACUCUCACACGAACAGUGGUUGAGGGAGCUGGGCAGCGCAAACAGGUCAUUCAAGAGAAAGUGGACCACCCCAGAAAAGGAUCGAAAACCCGUGAUCUCCAACAGCAUCUCCACCAGCUCUUUCACCGCUACUACGAAGAAGAAAAGAACAAUGAUGAUGAGGAAGGAAGAGUAAAUGAUUGAGUAACACUCUGCCCAACUCCCUCGUUGUGCCCAUGCUAAAAUCCCUGCUAGUCCUAUGCAUUAGUCACAUGCAAUCCUAGUGUGCACAAACACACCUCAAAGCUACCACAGUCUUCCCCUUUAGGACCUGGAAGAUGAUCUUUAGUUCUUGAUUUGGAGUUUUUUCCCUGUGUGGUUUUAAAGUACUUCUGAGUUUCUUUAUUUUAUUUUUUUUAUUUUUUUGCCUUUUGUGACCAAAGAAAGCCUUUUGUUGAUCUCCUGAUUGUUUUACUUUCUGAUUCAAGUUGUCUGAUAGGUUUGUCUUAUCCUGUGGUAGAGCAACAGAACACUCAAAGAAAACAGAGCGACACUAUCCCCAUCAAAUAACUCACAAACCUCCGAAGUACAUUUUACUUAAAAACACUGGUACUGCUCUUGGAGUAGGUGCUUGGACUGAAAGACGAUAUUUCACAUUGCACUGCCUCUCACAACUUUCACAGAUAAUCCUUUAUGAAAAAAAACAACUUCUCACUCACUGUACUAGCCUCUGCUUUUUUGAUUCAGAUGGUCAAGAUGUCACAAACAGAAAAUCAGACUGUACUGACACUGAAUUUAACUGCUGCUGUUGUGUUUCGUGUUGACUAUGUGUACUCUGUCUUUGGGAAUUAUAUAUUCUAUUUAAUCUCAACAUUACUGACAUCUGUAGCCUAGGAAUGAAUAAUCACUCAUGUGAACUUAACAGGCAUGACUAAUCAACAUCUGUCAGUUUGAUCCUAGCUUUGACUGCUUUGUCGUUGUGUGGAUUGCCCUUCUGCUUUUCUUUACCUUGUGUGUGUGUGUGUGUCUUUCAUUCUUUAUUAUUAUGUUUCAACUAAACAUUGUUGACCUCCUCUUUUAAAGUAUGGAUGUGAUGAGUGCAGGUGUGACUGUACGUGCUUUAGGUUUGAUUUUGUCUGUGCAUUUGAUGAGUUAAAUACCACACUGAACGCUGGUCAAAAGUUUCUGUAGUUGAUUUUAACUUGUUUGCUGAUGUUUGUUUGUUUGUUUUUUCAUUUUCAUUUUCGUGUAGAGAAGUUAUUUAAUUUAAUAAUUCAGCCCCUCAGGAUUUGGCACUGGGAAAUGAAAUAAUCCCAGUUUUCUAAUAUUACAUUUGUGGUAAGAUGAUGAUACACUCAGUGUUUUAUUUAUGUAAAGAUUUGUUAGUUUAUCUUUUGAAUCUGAUUGUUGAAGUAGAUAAAGGCGGUUUUGUGUUAUGUGUGUGAGUGAAUGAUUCGGCGUGUGUAGUUAAAGGAUGUGUAGCAGUUUCUGUCAGCAAAGAAAAGAAAUGUUUAUUUUACACAAUUAGCAUUUGCACUCCUGAAUGUCAGAAGAGGAAACCUCCAUGCUUUCUGUGCACUGCAAUACAAGGUACAGAAUAUAUCAGCCACAGGGAUAGUCUCAUUGUGGAGGGAUUGCUGUAACAAAGCAGGUUGAGAGCUUAAAUAUAUGAUUAUCCACAGCUCGGAGCAUCGCUACUGUUUGUAUUUACAACAUGCAAUGUAUUUACUCUCACUCUCACUGUUUAUUUUGUGAUUUAGAGAAAAAAAAUGCAAAUUAGUGGAGAUUCACUGUGACAGAUAUGCUUUUAAUUUGAAGACUCAGCAUCCCUUCUCUGUGAUGAUGACCCGUUAUAUACAUAUACAAUGCAUAUAUAAAUAAAUAUCUAUAAAGGCAUGUAUUACUGUAUCAAAAGUCAAAAGUGCAGAAUAGAAAAUGGCUGCAGUGUAUCUAUAGCUGAGAAUAAAAAUCUACAAAUGUGCA